AUGCGGCCGGCGCUGCUCCUCCUGCUCCUGGGCCUGGGCCUGCGCUGCGGCGGCCUCCCUCCGCCCCCCGCCACUCGCGGGCCCCGGACCGGCGUCUCCAUCCGGGCCCCGGGAGCGCCUGCCGCGGCCCCGGGCGGCUCACCCCCGGCCUGGCCCCGCCUCCCGGCUCCCGGACAGGCGGCCGCGCUGAGCUCCGUCGCCGUCGCCGGUGUCCCGGGGGCCCAGGGCCUCCCUCCGCUCCGCGGCCAUGCUCGCUUCGGCCUGCGACCAGGCGUGGCCCUCGGCGGCGGCGUCCUGAGUGGAAGUGGCCGCGGCCUCUGCUCCUCCCGCGGCCCCGCGUGGCGGCCGCGCUGGCACUGCCUCCACGUGCGCGUCCUGCUCCGCGCGCUCCGUGCCCGCCGCGCAGCGCCCACCCGCAUGGACCCGCACCUGCCGGCGCGCGGGGGCCAGCGCUCCCUGCGGAGGUCCGCCCCUCUGCGCCGCUUGCUCCGGCUUCGGGAACGGACCUUGCACCUCGGACUGGUCAGCCCCACUGAGGCCUCCUCAGCCUCCAGGGGCCUUCACCCCGACGCGGGCUUCGAGACCCAAACCAAGUGUCCGACAGAUGUCAACUCCGGCAGUUGGCCAGCCGGGGAGUCCGCCGUGUCCUGUGGGUUCUCGAGACAGGUGACUUGCAGCAUCAAGAAGGUGCAGAUCAACAGGAAUCCGGGCCUGCCCAUUGUGCUGCUGACCAGGAGGAUGGACAUCUCCCUAAAUGCCACCUUUCAGUACGACUGCCCGGUGGCUCACAUCGCACAGUCUAACUGGAAGGUCUUCUCUGUGCAGUCUCUCCACCACCAGCCGGACUGGACGAAACCUCUGGUGGUGCCCGGCUUCCAGUUAGGGAACGAUCCAACAGUCAUGCACAUCCCCAAGAAAACGUUAUCUUUGGGGGUGUACGUGUUCAAUUUCUCAGCGAUCCUGGCCCCCUCUUUGCCACAAGCUGCAGUGGACAAAGGCUCAGAUAGCAUCUACGUCUCGAUCCUUAGUGACUUCCUGCAGGCGGUUCUUCUUGGGGAGGUCAACAUGACAAUUAAGUUCACAGACCAGCUGGUUCUGGACGGAUCAACGUCCAUGGACCCAGAUGUAGACAACCCUUUAGAGGGAGUCCAGUUCUCCUGGUUCUGCACCACAAAUUCCAAGAACUACAACAGAGACAAAAUAAACGUGAUAAGCAAGGAAGUUUGCCUCCCAAAGCAGGUGGAUCUCAAGCUGACCUGGGCCUCUGACCCUGUACUGACAAUUUCCCCAGAAACACUGAGAGGGGGCCACGUGUAUUUUUUCAGAAUGGUGAUACAGAAGGCUCCCAGAUCCGCAUAUUCUGAUAAAAGGGUCCACGUGCUCCAAGCACCGGCACCGAAAGCAAGUAUUUUGUGUAUUGAAAACUGUGGCAGGAUUUUGGUUCUAUCAGAUCGGUUCUCUCUGUCUCUAAAUUGCCCCGAUUGUGCCAGAAGCCGGGAAGUGUACAAGUGGUCCAUCCUGCGGGCUUCAGGGGAUGAGGUCACAUUUGAUUGGUUGGGGCAAACUUCAACGGGAAGGGACAGUGAUUCUUUGUCUAUAAAAACUUUUGCUUUUAGGAAUUUUUCUGAAGCUCAGUUCUGGAUUGCUUUAGAUCUAGAAACUUGGGGUGGAGUGAACUUGAACCUCAGGCAUUCCUUUACUAUUAACUAUGCCCCUGCAAUUGGAGAUUGCAAAAUUAAUCCAACUAGUGGGAUUGCCUUUUUUACUAAGUUUGUUGUCCAGUGUAAUAAUUUUAAGGAUCAGAACAUCCCUCUGACAUAUAAAAUGAUCGUGUCUGAUUUGUACGAUGGCUUUGGCGAAAUCAGUUCUUUAACAGAGAACACCUUGGGGCCCAUCCUGUAUGUGGGCAACGAUCCCAAAUGCCCCCCUUCCUUUCUCCCCGUCGGUGGGGGGGACAGUCAUUACUCCUUGAAGGUCUUUGUCCAGGUGUAUGACUCUCUGGCAGCUUUUUCUCAGGUGACUCUUUACGCCACUGUACAAGCUCCUACGGGCCAAGCCUCACCCCAGGCCAUACUGAAUCAGUUAGUCAAUUUCACCGUGGGACCAAAUUCAGAGAUCUCUACUUUGCUUCAAAAGCAGGAGUUUUCGUUCGCUGGUUACUUAAUGUACGUAGUGGCCUCCGUUCUGAACAGCAUGAAACCCGAACCAGCCCUGCAGGCGGACAAAGCCUGGCUCCGGGAACACCUGGUCAACCAGUCUGCCCUCCUCCCCAUGAACACCCUGAUGGAAAUUAACCAGGUGGUCACGGUGUUUGCCAAAUUAACCCAGAGAACGUCGGAAUUUCCUCAGGCUGCUCGGCAAUCUGCCACAGAAAGGAUGUGGCAAGCAAAUCGAGCCUUCCAGCAGCAUCAGCAGAAAGGCAAAAACCUGCACUCUGAGCAGAUAGAGAUAAUGACCACCGGGAUCCUAACAAGCGUGUCGAACAUCCUUAAAAUGACCGAUCCUCACGUAAUUUCUGUCGACCCUUUCCGGCUCAUACAGUCCCUAGCAGACACGAUCCUGGCCGGCAAAGUGCCGGAUGAUGGGAGCACCGUGAUGAGCUCCGCCAGCUUUACCAUGUAUGCCAGCAAGAUGGAAAAGUGGGCUGUUUCCAACAACAUGUUGGGCAACGAGAGACACUGUCGAAAUUGUUUCCAACCAACACUAAAUGUGAGCAGCAUUCCAAGUCUGUCUGCCAAUGCUCCUGUUUCUGUGGUGUUUUGUGAGUUUGCAGACGACCCCUUCCCUUGGUUAAAUUACCAGGACAGCCUUGCGGCAGAUGUGGUUGGAUUCAGAUUGACAGGAAUCGCGGCCAACGGUGACGAGCUGGAGGUCACCCCCGACGUAGUGGACGUGUAUGUCAGCAGGAGGAACCUGAGCUCUGCAGCUUUCAACCUCACCGUGGGCCCCGACCACGAGCCUGAUAACGCUGACGAGUCCUCGAGGAUGACGACGGGGGCGUUCCGCUUCGAAGUGGACAGCCAUGCGGUGCGGGAGCUGCUUGUUCACAUCGUGACGGAGGUGACCGUGCAGUUCACUGUGCUGGUGUACGCCGGCGGGCAGAUCACCCCCUCCGCCUUGGUCGCCACCUUCCUUGUGCCCCACGGUAUCCCUCCCAUUGCCAACCAGAGCGGCCUGUUCGACCCGGCCUGUGCAGUGACCGUGCCCCGCCUGGUUUGCCUCCCGCUGUCCCUGCUACAGGUCAUAGCUCAGCGGGGCCACUCGCCUGAGUGUGUCAUAAUCAUGGUUCUGAAGGCACCUCAUUUUGUCAUGCAGCCCAGUGACAAGCUGGUGAGGAUUUCUCUUUUCAGUGUCCGCUGCCUGGACAUGUACGGGGUCCAGAGCGACUGGACAGAAGACACCUGUGUCCUCGGGGAGAAGACCACCUGGGACCGAGUGCACUGUGUCUGCAGGAAGGCCAGGCGGGCCCGGCGGCAGCUGGCCAACAUUCCCUUGCACUUCCGCUACUUGACUGCCAAGGUGAUCGUGCCCCCCAACCCUGUGGAUCUACGGUUAGAGGCCAUCAAGAAUGUCACCCAGAACCCCGUGACACUCUUCGUCGUCCUUUUCAUUCUGGUCACGUACAUCGUCCUAGCUUUCUGGGCCUUGCACAGAGACGAAACAGACCAGUACCUUCGGGACCACGCCAUAGUCCUCCCUGAUAACGACCCUUACGAUAACAUAUGUUACCUCGUCACUUUUUUCACAGGAAGCCGUUGUGGGUCCGGCACCAGGGCCAAUGUUUUUGUCCAACUUGCGGGGACACAGAGCGCCAGUGCUGUGCAUUGUCUAAGCCACCCACAUUUUAAAACUCUCUACCGGGCAAGCGUCCACACUUUCCUCCUAACGACCAGCAGGGACUUGGGGGACAUUCAGUCCAUCCGCGUGUGGCACAACAACGAGGGCCAUGCCCCCGGCUGGUACUUAAGUCGAAUCAAAGUGGAGAACCUGUUCAGCAGGCACAUCUGGCUGUUCAUGUGUCGCGAGUGGCUUUCUAUCGAGACCUCUUUGGACAGAACGUUUCCCGUCACCGACCCCAAUACGCCACUGCAGAGAAUGGACUUCUUGCUCAUCGAUGCGACGGACAACCUGGGGAAGAAUCACCUGUGGUUCUCCGUGUUUGCCGGCGUCAUUGCCCACGGCUUCAAUCGGCUGCAGCGGCUGUCCUGCUGCCUGGCCAUGCUGCUGUCCACCCUCCUGUGCAACAUCAUGUUCUUCAACCUGGACACGGAGAAGCAAGACAAACAAGACCAAGGGAACCGAUACAUCAGAUCGAUGAUGAUCGGCUUGGAGAGCGUCCUGAUCACCCUCCCGGUGCAGGUCAUAAUCACGGGGCUGUUCACCUACUCCCAGCGGAGACCGCAGGCGACCCUGGACAAGGUGACGCCUCAGGAGUACCCAGAGGUGGCAGAGGCGAGCGGCCACUGGGAGGAGCGGCUGGAGAGGUGGCACGCCCAGGAGACGGAGACGGCUGCAGAGGCGCGGUCCCAGAAGCAGCGCUCCCUGAGGGCGCGUUCCCAGAGGGCGCGCUCCCAGAGGGCACGCUCCCAAGAGGCGCAUGCCCAGGAGGCGCGGUCCCAUAAGGAGCACUCCCAGAAGGCGCGCUCCCAGAAGGCACGCUCCCAAGAGGCGCAUGCCCAGGAGACGGCCGCAGAGGCGCGCUCCCAAGAGGCGCGUGCCCAGGAGGCGCGGUCCCAGAAGGAGCGCUCCCAGAAGGCGAGCGCCCGCAAGGCCCAGCAGUCCCUCACCAGGAAGCUCACAGGACGCCAUAAGUCUCUUUCCAAGAGGACCUCCAAAGCAGGGCACUCGCUUAGGAAAAAAGACAGCAAGGGCCCACACACCCCCGGCACCAACACCAACGCCAACGCCAACAACGAAAACAUGAACAACAGUCCCCAGGUGCCCUCCGCACAGCCGCCGCCCCCGCCCCAAGACCAAGAACCAUGGGAUCCACUUGCACCCCCGCCCCCAUCCACAAAGCCCAGGACCACCCUGCCCGGGUGGUGCAAGUGGAUCGCGUGGUUCUUGGUCUUCGCCACUUCGGGGGUGUCCUCGUUCUUCAUUGUGUUUUACGGCCUGACCUACGGCUAUGAGAAGUCGACUGAGUGGCUCUUUGCAUCGCUCUGUUCCUUCUGCGAGUCCGUUUUCCUGGUGCAGCCUUCGAAAAUUAUCCUCUUCACAGGCAUGCGAACCAACAGGCUCAAGUACUGCAAAAACCUCUCCUGGGUCAGCAACUACCGCUACACCGAGAUCCAGCUGCCGGGCCUCAGGCUGCGUCCCGAGGAGAUGCGCCAGCGGCACCAGGACGUCGCCCGCCUCCGAGGCAGCAGCAUGUACCAGCCUCUCACGCAGGACGAAGUCGGGAUAUUCAGAAGGAAGAGGGCGCUCAAGAGGCGAGCCCUGCUGUUCCUGGGUCACUUCCUCACUCACUGCAUCUUUCUAGCCCUUCUGCUGGGCCUCGUCGCCCUCCUCCGCCGCACGGACAGCUUCCGCUACAACCAGUUCAUCCGCAGCCGCUUCUCUGUGGAUCUUGCUACGGUCACCAAGCUGGACGACAUCUACCCGUGGCUCCACAGCGCGCUGCUGCCUUUGUUUCACAACGACCUCCACCCAACGUUUCUUCCCGACAGCUCCUCCAAAAUCCUCGGCCUCCCACUGCUGAGGCAGGUGAGGGCCACGCCUGGCCCCAGGGCCUGUCGGCCGGCCAAGCGCUUUCCGCCCAACAGCAUCGAAGGAGAGAUUCGCUGCCAUCCCGAGUACGGGGCCGACCCAGAGGACACCAGCGACCACCCCGGCUUCUGGAAGAAAGUUGCUAAGCGGGAGGCAGACAAGAACACCAACGGGUUUACCUAUAAGCCUCCGGAGGAGAGGUGGGUGUACUACUCCUACGGACUUCUCCACACCUACGGCUCGGGGGGGUAUGUUUUCUAUUUCUUCCCAGACCAGCAGCAGUUUAAUUCCACACUGAGGCUCAGGGACCUCCAGAGCGGCCGCUGGCUGGACGAGAAGACGUGGGCUGUGAUCCUGGAGCUGACCACGCUGAACGCGGACGCGGGGCUGCUCGGCAGCACUUCCGUCCUGUUUGAGGUCUCUCAGUUAGGGGUCGUGAACGCGAGCAUAUCCGUGCACUCCUUCUCACUGGCGGAUCUGAACAGAGACACGUCGGCAGAGAUCUACCUGUACGUGGCCAUUCUCGUGUUUUUCGUGGCCUACGUCGUGUACGAGGGCUACGUCAUCACGCAGAAGGGGGCCUCCUACCUGGCCAAUGCGAACAACUUGUUCAACUUGGCACUCAAGUGCACCCUUGCCGUGCUGAUUGUGCUGUUUCUCAGGAAAUACUUCUUGGCCACUGGCAUCAUUCAGUUCUACUCAUCGAACCCCGUGGAUUUCAUUCCCUUUCACGCCGUUGCGAAAGUGGACCGUGCCCUGGGGAUGGUUUUGGGCCUCCUGCUGUUCCUGACCAUUCUGAAGACCCUCAGGUACUUCAGGUUCUUUUACCACGUGCGCCUGGCUGAGCGGGUCCUCCAGACCGCCCUGCCCGGCAUCUGCCACGUGGCGCUCCUGGUGUUCGUGUAUUUCUUUCUGUUCGUGGCUUUUGGCCACCUGGUGUUCAGUCAGCAUGAGUGGGGCUACAGCACCUUGAUCCGCGCCACGCAGACAGUCUUCUCCUACUGCACGGCAGCCCUCCGGGACGCGGAGUUUUCCAGCAACAGGGCCCUCGGGGUCCUGCUCCUCGCGGCGUUUGUGCUGCUGCUGAUCUGCGUAUUGAUCCACUUGUUUACGGCUGUGAUCCUCUCUGCCUACAAGGCCCUGAGGCAGCCCGUGUAUGAGGAACCUUCGGGCGAAGUGGAAGCCAUCGCCUACCUGUGCGGCAAGCUCAGGACGGUGUUUGGCUUCCUGUGCUGCCAACCCAAGGCCCAAGAGCAGCGGGAGCUCUUCGUGGACAUGCUCUACGGGAAGCCGGAGAGGCACAGCAGCCACUACCUGGGGCUGAAGACCAGGAACAUCAACGAGAAGAAGAUGGUGUACCUGGUGGUGUGACCGGGACAGCUUCCGGGCUGCAGGCGAGGCUCUCCCACCUGAUGUGCAGUUUAGAGGUUCCGUCCUGCUAUCUGCCUGUGUCCUGCACAAUGCACCCCCCACAUUUUAUAGGGUUCCCACUCUCGGUCGCCACUUUUAGGAACGUGACAGGAAGGGUAUAGCACACACCCGGGCGGGGGGCGGU